AUGAGUAGGGAGGCGUACAGAGCUGUGAUUGGAGAUGGGUCAGAUGGUUUCAACGUCGACAAUGAGCUUAAUGAAGAUUUUUAUAUUGAGAAUGAAGAGUGUUUAGAGGAAUUAGGUGACAACCUGCUCUCAACUCUUCACCAUUUGCUUCUGGAUUUGUGGUUUCAUUUCGGGCAAGCUUUUUGGACAGCAAAAAUAGUAAAAAGGUUGUUUGCAGACUGGUUUUUAUGCAGGUUUUGGAGUGAAGUAGCAGCAAGUUUGGGACAGGAUUGGGGUACAAUUGGACAGCAUAGCAGGGACUGGUUUUUUGGCAUAUUGCAACAGCAUAAUUUGGAGUGUAGUAUCAUGGAAAGUGGAGAAAUUUGGGUGAAAAUUGAAGCAAGAUUUGGAUGA